GCUGCGGCGCGUGGCCUGAGGCGGAGAGCCUGGCUGCGGGGGUCUGGGCCAGGCCAGGCGCCGGCCUGACCCGCCUCGCCGGCGAAUGCAGGCCGGGCUUCCUCCUCCGAAGGAGGGCGGGGGAGGGGAGGGGGCUCGAGGCCCGGCGAAAGGGGGGAAAGGUGGUCCUGAGCCCCCCUCAGCCUUAGCUCGCAAAGCUAAUCCUGGCCUCCUGUGGAGAUGCCUCAGCGCCCUCCUACAGACCUGAAGGCACCCCUAGCCAGGACCCCGGGCCGGGCCUGGUCUAGCGAGUCCCCUCUUCUCCCCGAGAGCGGACGGCGGAGCUCCGGUGGAGGAAGAGAGGUGGAGACCUGGGAGGAUGCUGCCGCCGCCGCCGCCGCCGCCGCCGCCACCACCACCACCACCGCUGCAGGGCCCCGGGCUCCUGCAGAGCGCGAGGCCUCCCUCACCAGGGUCCCUCCCACCCGCCCUCCCCGGAGCUCAGAAGCUCUCUUCGGAUGCAAGUGGGGAACCCAGUCCCGCAAAGGAACCGGAGCCCGCGGUGCAGAGGGGAGGAGCGUACCCCCAGGCUCACCCCUGGGGUCUCAGGACCCAGAGAGCGGAGAUCCACGCGGCCAGCGUCACCCACCCGAGCCUGGCGACAGGCGCGUCCAGGCGAGCUCCGCGGGGCCGAGGUGCCGGGAGAGCGGCCCCGGGCGCCCGCGCGCUGCCCGCCGAGGGAAACCCGCUCGGGCCAGGAGGAGCAGCGAGAGACGUCGGAGAGGAGAUGCCCUCGGAGAUUACCCCCUCCCAAUCUGCCCCUACCGCCCGGCCGGGCCCUCCAGCUUCAAGGGAUCCUGGCCCUCCCUCUGCCGAUACCCUUUUCUCCCCCGUAGAGAAAAACCCUGAUGGUAGCGAGAUAAAAACUGGGUGGAGCCGCGAGAGAAGGGAAGGGAUGGAGGUGCUCCAGCGGGUCCCCGCGGCGUCUCCGCGGCCACAGGCCGUCUGUCCCGCCCCAGCGGCACCACUGUCGUAGGAAGCGGCUAGCGGCGCCUCACCCCAGUCUCUCGUCCUGGGGGUGCCUCAGGCCGCACCGCUGAAGCCUCCGGGACGCCCAGGGAAGGGAGCGGCCACCGCAGCCAGGAAAGGAGUCAGCAGUGCGGGAUUCACCCACGUGAACAACAGGCCCUCGCGUUUUGGGGGCAGAAGGGGUGCACGUGGGGCACCGGUUCCACUCUCCCCUAGCCUCCCAGCGCCCCCGGUUUGUCGCCCGCCGCCUCACCGCCGCGCAUCUCUAGAGGCCCCUGGCCAGCCCCGAGCCCCAGCGCUCGCCGCGGCCGACUCUCUGCCGGCCACUUCAUUUUGGCAUUUCAGGAGAAGGAGGGCUUUCUUUUGGGGCUACUGUGUUUUUACUUCUCUAGCCUGAAAAAUUGGGGUGUCGAUUGCUGGACAAUGACAGCUUCGAGGGCAGGGGACUUCACGACCGGGAGAGGGAAAUGGGGGGAGGUAAUUACGUUCCGACCAGCAGACAGCAGAGGCGCGAAGUGUUCGUGUCUUCCUCUGGACACGCCGGAGAGCGCGGUAAAAUCUGUAGAUCUGCCCGGCUCCGAGGCGCCCACCCUCCGCCCUUCCCUCUCGCCAGGACUGCGCCCGGCCGCCGCCUCUCCCCGGCGGCCCCGGCUCGCGCUCGGCUCUCCGCCGCCUGCCACCUCGCGGACCCGGAGCAAUUUGUUAUAUAAAACCAAACAACAACCACACACGUGUGUCUGCACACCCGCAGCGACGGACACCCAGGGAGUGCUCCGCUCGAGCGCCCUGGGCCACGUUUCUUUCUCCUCCUUCCAACCGCCGCACCCCCUCACCACCUCUAGUCCCGGCUGCCCAGCGGCCAGGAACAAAAAGUGGGGUUCGUACUCCAGAUCCGGGGCUUUCUUGGCCCGCUCACUUGGUUACUCCCACCAUUAAGAAAAAGAGGUGAUCGGAAAUAUUUGGUCCGCACACAAAGACACACCACAAAAGGAAUGCACUUUUCUGUGCGAAAGGGCUGGAACACCGAGAAGGAGACCACACCUGAGCGCAGCCGAAAUGGUUAGAAUAACCGGCUGCCGGAGAGCACUGGGCCUUCGGACUCUGCCCCCACUACCUCAUCUGCAUCUCUCAUUCCCUGCUACCUCCCGCGGUUCCUGGCGCAAACUGCCUUAACCUCCAGAAGAGGGGUCCUCAGCCACCCGGCUCCCGCGUACCUGCUCUUUUCCCAGGCCUCUCAGGGUGGCCCUGCGCUGCUGGGCGUCCACCCAGGGGUGCCCACUCCCACCCCUUCACUGCAUCCCCCGACUCACCCCCACCUCCUGUAUCCUUGGCAAAAAGGCAGGAUGAACAUAACAAAUAAAGCAA